UCCAUUUUGUUCUCGGCUCUCGGACAAUCUUUGACGAUUGCCCGUGUGUAAUCAAUAAUAAUUAUUCAGUAACGGUAGUGUUAUUUUAUUUCUACUCAACGUUAAACGUUCUAAAUUUCGGUUUGUGAUAUUUUUUUUUUUGUUAUAACAUUCUUCUUAGUAGUAGUGUAGUCGCUCAACAAAUCCUACACGACAUCGUACAACAUGAGCAACGCCGAGGACCACGAAAACAAAUCCAAGUCGCGUUCAUUGUCGCCCAAUAAAUCGGCCAGUCAAUGUAAAUCCAACAGUCGUUCGUCGUCACGUUCAAAAUCAAAAACUCAUUCUCCCAAUCGUCGCAACGGAUACAGAUCCAAGACCCGUUCAAAGUCAAAAACUCAUUCUCCCAGUUGUAGCAACGGAAACAGAUCCAAAAGCCGUUCAAAGUCGAAAACUCUUUCUCCCGGUUGUCGCAACGGAAACAGAUCCAUAAGCCGUUCAAAGUCGAAAACUCAUUCUCCCGGUCGUCGCAACGGAAACAGAUCCGAAACGCGUUCUAAAUCGCGAUCCAGGGCUCGUUCAUGUUCUCGUGAACGUCGUAGGCGCAGCCGCCGUCAUCGUUCUCGUCGAUCGGGCUCCAGGCGUAGCAAAUACGAUAACUCCAAGGCGAACCGAUGCUUGGGCAUAUUUGGGCUGAACCACUACACGUCACAAAAUCAACUGUACAAUAUAUUUUCAAAAUACGGAGCAAUCGAGAGAGUUUCGGUUAUUAUCGACGCUAAAACUGGGAGAUCUCGAGGUUUUGGUUUUGCGUAUUUCAAGAAUUACAACGAGGCCAAGAAAGCCAAAGACGGGUGUACCGGAAUGGAAAUCGACGGACGUGAGAUUCGUGUAGAUUUCUCUCUUACACAUCGUCCACGCACUCCGACGCCCGGAAUUUACAUGGGAAAUAGAACAAGAAGGCCGACCAGAAGACACCGUUACGACAGGGGCUAUCAGGGAAGUCGUUUUGACAGGGAUAGGGAUUAUCACAACAGUGAUUAUUAUGACGGCAGAUAUAGAGACAGAAGCCGCAGCCGUAGUCGUGGAAACUACAGAGACGAUAGAUCGCCGCCGUCAUACUACAAAGCCAAACCAUACCACGCACGAUCUCAUUCACGUUCGUACUCUCCGCGGUAAGAAAAGUGUUUGAGAAGAUAAGUUCUUUGACAGCUAGGGAUUGCGUUACAAUUAUCAGAGAAGAGCCUUCGGCUGACCAAGCAAAACACCGAUCGAAGACGGUCGAUUUAAAUUAAUAAUUAAAUUAUUAGCAUUUUUUUUUUUUCCAAUUUUUUCACGUACGUCUCGUCUAGUACAUUUUCUUAAUAUUUUCUGUCCUAUUAUUUAUAAUAAAAAAAACUAAUUGUGUGUUCAUUUUUUUUUUUACAAUAUAGUUUAACUCUGCGACAAAUUUCUUAAAGACUCAUACGUAUCGCUUUCGAGUUAAACUUUAUCUUAUAAUUGUAUGAAAUGUGUGUUAACUCUUUUUUUUUAAAUCUA